GAGAGAGAGAAGCAGUUCAACAGUGACACAAACACUUGACUGCUGCUGCUACUUCGUCCUGUAACUCCAACAUUGAAACCUUUAUCAGUGUUAGAGGGAUGGAUGCUACUGAUGACAUGGAUGGAGACGAACUUCUGGACCGCACUGUUCAGAUGAUAAUUCAGGAGUCAAGUCAGAUAGAACACCAUCUUCCUGUUACAUUUGGAGGUGAAGCUCUGAAGCUUGCAGUCGCCAUAAAACAAGGUGACAUGUCGGUCCUGCAGGAGCUCUGUGAAUUCCCAGCUGCCUUCAGUCAGGUGGAUGACCUCGGUAGGUAUCCUCUGCAUUGGGCAGCAGUCCAACCUCAAGUCCACAUCCUGGAGAUCGUGCUGUACGCAUCUUUCAGUCUGACUCUGGAGGAGAAGACUUUGGAGGGUGAGACCUUCCUGACUUCAGCAGUAAAAGCUGGUUUGGUGGAAAAUGUCAAGAUGCUGCUGGACCAUGGAGCUUCUCUUCACACCACCAACAGCAAAAAUGAGUCCCCUCUGCUUUUAGCAGUCAGAACUGGAUCUCAUCAUAUGGUUUCUAGUCUGAUAGCUCGGGGAGCUCGGGUGAAGCAGGUGUGUCUGAAAAAGUGGACGGCCAUGCAUGAGGCCUCCAGGGCCGGCUGUGUUCACAUCAUGGAGCUCCUGCUCCAGAACGGAGGUCAGGUUACAGAGACAGACCAGCAUGGAGUGACUCCUCUGGGCAUUGCUGCAGAGUACAGCCACCCUGAAGUCCUGAAGCUCCUCAUCAAACACGGUGCUGAUGUAAACUGCCAGGCGCCCAAUGGUGACAGCGUCCUAUAUGACGCUGCGGGUUCGGGUAAUCCAGACUGUAUUGACAUUCUGCUGCAGCAUGGAGCAAAUCCCAAUAUCCACAACCUGAGCUCCCAGCUGCCCAUCCACCGAGCGGCAUAUGAAGGACACUACUUAGCUUUGAGCAUUUUGAUCCCAAUCACCACUCGACGGGCCCUGCGACUGUCUGGUCAAAGCCCUGUCCACUCUGCUGCAGACGGAGGCCACGCCCACUGCCUGGAGCUCCUGCUGCAGAAAGGUUUUGAUGUUAAUGCGCUUUUGGCCCCUCACAUCUCUGAAAACUAUGGAGACAUGAGGAGAACCCCACUGUAUUUUGCUGUCUCGAAUGGGGACGCUACAUGUACUGACAUGCUGCUAAAAUCAGGGGCCCAACCUGACCUGGACCCACUGCACUGCCUCUUGGUGGCAGUCAGAUCAGGCCGCUAUGAGACUGUGAAGCUGCUGCUGGCAGCAGGAGCAGAUGUGAACUGUUACUUCACGGUGGUGAAUGACACACUGUUUCCCACGGCGCUCCAAUACUGCCUGAAGGACGAGGUGAUGAUGAGACUGCUCCUCAACAACGGCUAUGAUGCAGAAAAGUGUUUCUGUUGUGACCAUGAUGACAUCUGGGAGGACCUGAGUGAGUCUGGAUGCUCUCACCAUCAAGAGGAAAAAGUUGCUUUUUGUGAUUUCGUCAGCGUCUCCUGGCUGGUGAACCUGGUGGGCAGAGUUGUAUUGAUCCUCCUGGAAUAUGUUGGCCAGGUUUCUCUCUGUGGCAAACUGACCAAGAUGUUGAAGAAACACAAGGAGUGGCCUCACAUUCACAGGACCACUCGUAGCACUCGCUCUCUGUGUCACCUGAGCAGAGUGGUGAUCAGGAAACAUCUGAGCUGCAGUGCUCUGAAUUCCAUCCAGCUGCCCAGCAGGCUCAAACACUACCUCCUGUUCACGGAGAACGACCUGUACACCAAAGUAAUCAGCAAGGAGGACUGAUGGAGGGAUAUUUCUUUCUUAUCUGCAGUCUUAACUGUGGUUUAUGUUUUCAGGCCAAUAUUUAUCAAACUUUUGUAGUAUCUGACCUGAGACGUGUUGCUAGGCAUACAGUGGGUACGGAAAGUAUUCAGACCCCUUUAAAUUUUUCACUCUGUUUCAUUGCAGCCAUUUGCUAAAAUCAAAAAAGUUCAUUUUAUUUCUCAUUAAUGUACACUCAGCACCCUAUCUUGACAGAAAAAAACAGAAAUGUAGAAAUUUUUGCAAAUUUAUUAAAAAGAAAAACUGAAAUAUCA